AUUUUUUCUCCUCUUAAAUCCUCCGAAACUAAAACGUUGCAGUUUUGUUGGGAGUGACUUCCGUUAAAUAAAACAAAUUAAUAGACAGUCUCCUCCUCCCUCAUUCCCUCUGGUCUUCUCUAAUCUCUCUCUCACAUCAUUUCCCACUCUCAAAAAAGCUGCUCUCUUUUCCUUUCACUUAUAAAAUAUUAAAUUUUCGCAUUCAAAAUUUAAACUCAGUUAUUUACAAAACAAGCUUCAUUCUCAGAUCUCUAGCAAUGGCGGUUGAUUCAAGCUAAAGGCUUCCCAUAAAGUUGUAUAGAAUCCAAAGUGUGUCCAGAUGUUUUACGAGUGAUGGAUAAGUUAAGAGAGUUGUUAGGUUUAUAGAUAGAUUGAUUGAGAUCAUUUUCUUUCUUUCCUUUACUUUAUCCCAACAACAUUAUAAAAUUACUCACUUCUCCCCACCCCCUCUCUCCCUGUAGCUCCAUUUCUUAGAUCUGUGCUUUCCGUUUCGCGUUCCUGAGAAAUUUGAGUUCUUUUUUAUUUUUUGAUUUGCUGUGACAAGAGUGAGGUGUUUAUGUCUAGUUAGGGUUUUUCAAAUUUUUGUUUUUUUUGAGUGGGGGUUUUGAUUUUUAAACCGGAGUGAGAUGAAUCGAAGUUUUAGGGCAGAGGAUUCGCGAAUGCAAGCUUCAAUACAGAGGAUACAACAAGGGAUGAGGAAUCAAAAUGCUACGAAAGAUAAAGACGAAGAACUUUCUUUGUUUCUCGAAUUGAAAAAACGCGAAAAGGAAAGAAAUAAUCAGCUUCUUAUUCAUAACUCUGAAGAAUUUGAUGCUCCAUUAGACUCUAAACUGGGCAAUUCUCCCAUAUUCAAGAUUGUACAACCUGCUCCUGCACGUAAAACAAGUGCUGAUGAUUUCGUAAAUUCGGACAAUGAUAAAGAUGAUUAUGACUGGUUGAUGACACCCCCUGGCACUCCUCUUUUUCCUUCGCUGGAGAUGGAAUCACAAAAAACAGUUAUGAGUCAACUGGGAACUCCAAAUGUCCGUCCUGCUGCACCAAAGUCCAGGUUAGCAAAUCCUCAGUCCGAGCCUCCUCCAAGGAGCAAUUUAGCAUCUAGGCAGCCGACUUUGUCUACCGGGUUGAACACUUCGAGUACAAAUAUUCACAGACCUUCAUCAUCCGGGGGUCGUUCAACUGCUUCUAGACCUGGAACUCCAACUGGACGCCCCACAUUAUCUUCCAUACCUAAGCAGCCUUCAAGAGCUUCUAGGCCUGCGACUCCAACUUCAAGAGCCACCUUACCUUCUUCCAAAACCACGGCUCCUCCAUCAAGAUCGUCAACAGCUUCUGCAAGAUCUUCAACACCUACCUCCAGAUCGACAACACCUGCUGCAAGAUCUUCAGCACCUUCUGCGAGAUCUUCAACACCUACUGCAAGAUCUUCAGCACCUUCUGCGAGAUCUUCAACACCUACUGCAAGAUCUUCAACACCUUCCGCAGUAUCUUCAGCACCAUCUGCAAGGUCUUCCACACCUUCUGCAAGAUCUUCAACACCUUCUGCAAGACCUUCAGCUGCUUCUGCAAGAUCUUCGACACCAACCAGACCCACUGUACCUGCUUCAAAGACCACAUCAAGGACAGCAACUCCAACUAGGCGACCAUCAACCCCAUCAAAUGUUCCGAGUUUGUCUAGUCUUACUCGCUCUUCUUCAGCGAUCAAAUCAGGACCCACAGUAACGAGAAAUCCUGUUCCAUCAUCUGGUAGUGCUCCAGUUAUGAAAUCUAGACCCUGGAAACCUUCAGACAUGCCUGGGUAUUCUCACGACGCUCCGCCAAACUUGCGGACAUCAAUGCCCGCAAGACCAGUUUCUGCCUCCAGGGGUAGACCUGGAGGUCCGAGUGCUGGACCCGCUACAGAUAUUGGUUCUAAUGGAAGACCUAGAAGACAAUCAUGCUCUCCUUCAAGAGGCCGAGUUCCAAAUGGCAGUGUUCACAACAGAAGUUCUGUUCCAGCAUCUAGCCGAGCAUACGCUAAUGGUAAUGACCAUGUGAAUCCUGUUCUGAUGGGAACUCAGAUGGUUGAAAGAGUUGUAAACAUGCGAAAAUUGAAUCCGCCAAAGCCGGACGACCCACGUUCUGCUCAUAACAAUUCCACAGGAAAAUCAUCUUCAUCCCUGGACAGCUCAGGCUUUGGGAGAUCUCUUUCAAAGAAAUCCUUGGAUAUGGCGAUGAGGCAUAUGGACAUAAGACAACGUGUUCCAGGUAGCCUACGUCCAUUGAUGACAAAUAUUCCAGCUUCUUCCAUGUAUAGUGUGAGAUCCGGACCAGCAAGAAGCAGGACUGUGAGUGUGUCGGACUCCCCACUUGCCACAAGCAGCAACUGCAGUUCUGAGCAAAGCAUCAAUAACACCACUUUAAUUCUGGACAUCUGCGAUAUGGAAGACGAUGGUCUAAGCAGUGACAGAGGAGGUAGGUCUUCCCCCAUUAGUCACCUGGCAGGUGAAUGAAAGACAAUACUUCUUAUAUAACCAUUAUGUAAAUGAAGUAGUUCUCUUAUUGGCAUUUGUACUCUUAGCGAAAUCAGUUAGUUUAGAUAACACAAUGGAGCUAUGUGCUAAGUUCACAUCACCGUCAUUAUACUUGAGGUGCAACAAACUCGUAAAACCUUGUAAGAACUCUGACAGCAUCUGUUUUCUGCUUGAAAACCAAAAAAAAAAAAGGAAAAAAAAAAUAAUAUUCAAGGGUUCUGUGGUUCUUGGGUUUCCAGUAGCUUGGUUCAGUGAAUUAGCAAUGUGUCUCUGUAGAACUCGGCUUUGAUUUAAACUGAAUGAUAUGCUUGUGCAGGAAA